UUGAAGCUCUUCUCUGCUUCACCCAGUUCUCUGCAGCUCCAGCUCCUUGCUCAUCACUUGGUCUAGAGCCACCCCCCCUUUUUUUUUUCCCACCGUCUUUCUUUCCCCCCUCUCUCUUUCUCUCUGAGUGGUGUUGGAAGUUCUGUAGCUGACUCCUUGUGUCUCGGGCUCAGCGCCAUGCUCUUUAAGCAGGCAGAGCUAUGGAUGCCCCACCAGGGCAAAUGCAGCAAAGGCGAGCCUCCCUUGGCCCUGGGGCUGUCGACCCAGAAGGCCCUCAGCAUCCUGAAGGAGCAGCUGGAGGCAGUGCUGGAAGGACACCUGAGGGAGCAGAAGAAAUGUCUCACCUGGAAGGAGCUGUGGAGUAACAGCUUCCUGCACCACACUAACCGCUGCUCCUGUUUCCACUGGCCGGGCGCCUCGCUCAUGCUGCUGGCCGUGCUGUUGCUGCUGUGUUGCUGGGGUGGGCAGCCGGCUGGCAGUCACGGGGUGGAACUGGUGAAUGCCACUGCCCUCUUCCUCUUGCUGCUUCUCAACCUCGUGCUCAUUGGGCGCCAAGACCGAUUGAAGCGUCGGGAAGUAGAGCGGAGGCUCCGAGGCAUCAUCGACCAAAUCCAAGAAGCCCUCAGGGAUGGCAAGGGAAUCAAGUGGCCGAACGCCAUGUAUCCAGAUCUCCACAUGCCCUUUGCACCAUCCUGGUCCCUGCACUGGGCCUACAGAGAUGGACAUCUGGUCAACCUGCCAGUUAGCCUCUUGGUAGAAGGAGACAUCAUAGCUCUGAGGCCUGGCCAGGAAUCGUUCGCCUCUCUGAGAGGGAUCAAGGAUGAUGAACACAUUGUCUUGGAGCCAGGAGACCUGUUUCCUCCUUUCUCUCCCCCCCCCUCCCCCCGGGGAGAAGUGAAGAAAGGGCCACAGAACCCUCAGCAACACCGGCUCUUUCGCGUCCUUGAAACUCCCGUAAUUGACAAUAUCAGAUGGUGCCUGGACAUGGCGCUGUCCCGCCCCGUCACUGCUCUGGACAAUGAGCGGUUCACAGUACAGUCGGUGAUGUUGCAUUACGCUGUGCCGGUGGUCCUGGCUGGCUUCCUCAUCACUAAUGCCCUGCGCUUCAUGCUGAAUGCCCCCGGGGUCACGUCCUGGCAGUACACCCUUCUUCAGCUGCAGGUAGCCACUACCAUUCUUCUCUUUCCCUCGAGGCUGGGUCUUCUCCCCCUCUGCAGCACAGGGCCCCCUCAGGUGAAUGGUGUCCUGCCCAUCCUCCCCCUGCUCUUUCCAGUCCUCUGGGUUCUGUCCACUGCCUGUGGAGAAGCACGAGUCCUGGCCCAGAUGAGCGGGGCCUCCCCCAGCUCCCUGCUGGCCAAGUUCUCUGAAGACACACUCAGCAGCUAUACGGAGGCUGUCUCCACUCAGGAGAUGCUCCGAUGCAUUUGGGGCCACUUUCUAAGGGUGGUCCAGGGGACAUCACCUACACUGAGCCACAGCUCUAGCCUGCUGCACAGCCUCGGCUCCGUCACGGUCCUGUGCUGUGUGGACAAGCAGGGCAUCCUGUCAUGGCCAAAUCCCAGCCCAGAGACUGUUCUGUUCUUCAGUGGGAAGGUGGAGCCACCACACAGCAGCCAUGAGGACCUCACAGAUGACCUCUCCACUCGCUCCUUCUGCCACCCUGACGUAGAGGAGGAGUCGCAUGAACGAGACGCCCUCCUGACUGGUUCCCUGAACACUACCCUGCGCCUUUCCAACGAGCAGGAGCGUGGUGACUGGCCAGGCGAUGGGCCCAAGCCCCCAGAGCCCUACUCUCACCACAAAGCCCAUGGCCGCAGCAAACAUCCCUCCGGCUCCAAUGUGAGCUUCAGCCGGGACACAGAGGGUGGUGAAGAGGAGCCCCGAAAGGCCCAGCCAGGGCUGGAGGGCGAGCCCUAUGAGGCAGAGGACUUCGUAUGCGACUAUCACCUGGAGAUGCUGAGUCUGUCUCAGGACCAACAGAACCCCUCCUGCAUCCAGUUUGACGACUCCAACUGGCAGCUGCACCUCACCUCCCUCAAGCCCCUGGGCCUCAACGUGCUGCUGAACCUAUGUAAUGCUGGUGUCACCGAGCGCCUGUGUCGCUUCUCUGACCAUCUGUGCAACAUCGCCCUGCAGGAGUGCCACAGUGCCGUGCUGCCUGUGCACGUGCCCUGGGGACUCUGCGAGCUCGCCCGCCUCAUCGGCUUCACUCCAGGGGCCAAGGAACUCUUCAAGCAAGAGAACCACCUUGCACUCUACCGCCUCCCCAGUGCCGAGAUGGUGAAGGAGACCUCACUGGGGAGACUCUCCUGUGUCACCAAGAGGCGCCCUCCCCUCAGCCAUAUGAUCAGCCUCUUCAUCAAGGACACCACCACCAGUACAGAACAGAUGCUGUCCCAUGGCACGGCUGAUGUGGUGUUAGAGGCCUGCACAGACUUCUGGGAUGGAGCUGACAUCUACCCUCUUUCGGGUUCUGACAGAAAGAAGGUGCUGGAUUUCUACCAGCGAGCCUGCCUAUCAGGAUACUGCUCUGCCUUUGCCUACAAACCCAUGAGCUGCGCCCUGUCCUCUCAGCUCAACGGCAAGUGCAUUGAGUUGGUGCAGGUGCCUGGCCAGAGCAGCAUCUUCACCAUGUGUGAGCUGCCCAGCACAGUGCCCCUCAAGCUGAAUAUCCGCCGCAACAGCUGGAGCUCUGACGAAGGGAUCGGGGAGGUGCUGGAGAAGGAAGACUGCAUGCAGGCCCUGAGCGGCCAGAUCUUCAUGGGCAUGGUGUCCUCCCAGUACCAGGCCCGGCUGGACAUCGUGCGUCUCAUCGACGGGCUGGUCAAUGCCUGCAUCCGCUUUGUCUACUUCUCUUUAGAAGAUGAACUCAAAAGCAAGGUGUUUGCAGAAAAGAUGGGCCUGGAGACAGGCUGGAACUGCCACAUCUCUCUCACACCCAAUGGGGACAUUCCAGGCUCAGAGAUUCCCCCCUCCAGCCCCAGCCACACUGGUUCCCUGCACGAUGACCUGAAUCAAGUGUCCCGAGAUGACGCGGAGGGCCUCCUCCUGAUGGAGGAAGAGGGCCACUCAGACCUCAUCAGUUUCCAGCCUACAGACAGUGACCUCCCCAGCUUCCUGGAGGACUGCAACCGGGCCAAGCUGCCCCGGGGCAUCCACCAGGUGCGACCUCACCUGCAGAACAUUGACAAUGUACCCCUGCUGGUGCCCCUCUUCACGGACUGCACCCCCGAGACCAUGUGUGAGAUGAUCAAGAUCAUGCAGGAGUACGGGGAGGUGACCUGCUGCCUGGGCAGCUCUGCCAAUCUGCGGAACAGCUGCCUUUUCCUGCAGAGUGACAUCAGCAUUGCCCUGGACCCCCUGUACCCAUCCCGCUGUUCCUGGGAGACCUUUGGCUACGCUACGAGCACCAGCAUGGCGCAGGCUUUGGAUGGCCUUUCUCCCCUGCAGCUCUCAGGGCAACUCAACAGCCUGCCCUGCUCCUUGACCUUCCGCCAGGAGGAGACCAUCAGCAUCAUCCGACUCAUUGAGCAGGCUCGGCAUGCCACCUAUGGCAUUCGCAAGUGCUUCCUCUUCCUGCUUCAGUGCCAGCUGACUCUGGUGGUCAUCCAGUUCCUUGCUUGUCUGGUCCAGUUGCCACCCCUUCUGAGUACCACAGACAUCCUGUGGCUGUCCUGUUUUUGCUACCCUUUGCUCAGCAUCUCUCUGUUGGGGAAGCCUCCACAUAGCUCCAUCAUGUCGAUGGCAACAGGGAAAAACCUCCAGUCCAUUCCUAAGAAGACCCAGCACUACUUCCUGCUCUGCUUCCUGCUCAAAUUCAGCCUCACCAUCAGCUCGUGCCUCAUCUGCUUUGGCUUCACACUGCAGAGUUUCUGUGACAGCUCCCGAGCCCACAACCUCACCAACUGCUCCUCCAUUAUGCUGGGCAGCCAUGCUGACACAGCUCCGGCCUGGUUUGAUGACUUUGCCAAUGGGUUGCUGACUGCUCAGAAGCUGACUGCCGCCCUGACUGUCCUACACACUGUCUUCAUUUCUAUCACUCACGUGCACCGCACCAAGCCCCUGUGGAGAAAGAGUCCCUUGACGAACCUCUGGUGGGCUAUGACUGUGCCCGUGGUGCUUCUGGGGCAGGUGGUCCAGACGGCAGUGGACCUGCAGCUGUGGACACAUAGGGACAGCCACGCACACUUUGGAUUGGAGGACGUACCUCUACUGACAUGGCUUCUAGGCUGCCUGUCCCUGGUCCUUGUGGUGGUCACCAAUGAGAUUGUAAAGCUACAUGAGAUCCGAGUUCGGGUCCGUUACCAGAAGCGACAGAAGCUGCAGUUUGAGACUAAGCUGGGCAUGAACUCUCCCUUCUGAACUCCAAGCCAGUGGCCACCGCUGCCCUGGCUCCCAUUUCUGGUAUCAUGAAUGUUAAAGGGUCGGCUCUUAACUCAGGGCCCAGCUCCUGGCGUUUGAGGACCAGCUGUCACACUGAGCUCCAGCGCUUCCAGGGAGGAGCCGACAAGCUUUGCUCUCUGGAUGCUGUGGCCCUCCUGUGGGCCUGACAAGAGCACUCUUGAAUGUAUGGCUGAAAUGGAGGGGGCUGCCACCUCCUCUGCCUGUAGGCUGCCCCUUCAGGCUUCACUGGCCCAGUGUCCUCUGCACUUGCCUCUCUAGGUGGAGCUGUGAAUCAGGAGCCAGGCUUCAAUCUUUUUCUUUCUUUCUUUCUUUCUUUCUUUCCUUCUUUCCUUCCUUCCUUCCUUCCUUCCUUCCUUCCCCAAGAACAGUGGCAGAAGGGCCACUCAACGCUCAAGGCUGUUGAAAGCUGGGGUGUGGUGCAGCCUUGUCUUCCUCUCUGCACCCCUCAUCUUGCCUCUGGGAGCAGGAGCCUGGAUGUGGCCAAGCACUUCCCUUACCUCCCUCUGCAGGGAAGCCUUGCACUCAGAGCUGAAGAUGAAGAGCCCUGUCUCACCCCAGAACCUCCUCCUGACCCCAACUUUAGGCUGAGCCACUUCUGGUGACAGCCCAGGGCUCUAUCCCCCGCCCACAUCCCAGCUCUCCUGUGAGAAUGUUUUUAAUAGUGUAUAUAUUUUUUACUGGAAAAGAACCUUUAGAACCGAAUGUAGAUUGCUUUGUAUUAAAACUUGUCGGUGAUUUAAGAAAAGUCUGUGGCUGCGCCAUGAGGCUGCCACAACAGGAACGACCCCAGGCUUUGGCCAGUGGGGGAGCCUCUAAAGAGAGGGGGAGAAGGGAGGUCUCAGCCUGUCGUCUUCCACAUUGUGAGGCCCCCCCAACCCCCACCCCAAGCCUCAAGAAGUAUGUGGCACAGAUCCAAACACAGCCUGGUCACGUGAAAUGACGCUUUCAUUGGUGUUAGUUGGAGAAAGUUAAUGGUUACAAAGCCAGGGCCUGGGCCAACCCAGGAGGCUUCCAGCCACAAGGCAGUCCCUGAUCACGUCCUCUCAGGCAGUUAUAGAUAGAAUAAACUCCAUUUAAAAUAUA